AUGGCGAAGAACACGCAGACUACGCUGAUGCAGAAAGCAAGAGCGUCAGGCUCCAUUGAUACGUUCGAGCUGACAUGUUUACUCUGGGGAAAGGAACGUAUUGUUAAGGAGCGGCGAGCUGCUUUCAAGCGUGUUGAGAAAGCACUCGGCACUUACGAUAGUACGAAACUUCCGCGAUGCUACUCAGAAACCUCACGCGAGGAUCUGUUUGAGCAAGGUCUCGAGAUGGGAAAAGCAUGUCUUGAUGAUAUGCUCGAGCAUAACCACGAACACUUUGUAUGGGUCACUCCUCGAUACAACCUCGUAAACGCAAGCCCCUUCGGUCACAAAGCUGUUCUGUUUGAGCCUGCAAUGGAACACAACGGCACAGAGGAACAAAAGGCACAGUGGCUUCCGCUCGCUCGAUCCGGCAAGAUACUCGGUACAUAUGCGCAAACUGAACUUGGCCAUGGUUCUUUCGUGCGAGGCAUCGAAACCACUGCGACGUUCGACCCUGAUAGCGAUGAGUUCGUCAUUCAUUCACCAACAAUCUCAUCAACGAACUUUUGGCCUGCUGGAUUGGGCUUCUCGACCACCCACGGCGCAGUCAUGGCAAGACUUAUCGCCGGUGGUCAAGACCAGGGUCCGCAUAUCUUCCUUGUGCAACUUCGAUCGCUGGAGGAUGGCAAGCCAAUGCCUGGUAUCAAGAUGGGCGACGUUGGCUUGAAGCUCGGCUAUAACGAAGCAGAUAAUGGCUUCGCCUCUUUCGACCAAGUUCGCAUACCUCAAUCGCAGAUGCUCAUGGCGCACAGUCAGCUCGCACGCGACGGCACAUUUACCAAAGAUCCCCUCCGCGCCAAGCUCUCAUACUCGGUCAUGCUGCUUGUUCGCGGCCGGAUGCCUGGUAUCUUUACCGUACAACUAGCGCAAGCAUUGACAAUUGCGACACGGUAUUCCGUUGUGCGACAACAGGGCCUUGGUCCUGCCGAUGCACUGAACACUGAAGCGAGCAUUUUCCAGUAUAAACACCAACAUUUCCGUCUUAUGAGCAUGAUAGCUAAGACGUAUGCAAUGUUCUUCGGUUCGCGGGUCUGCGAUGACCAGUACAACGAACUCCGUGAGAUGCAGAGCAAAAACGACCAUUCUCUCUUGCCAUCUGUUCAUGCACUGACUGCGGGUAUGAAGGCAUACGUCACAUCAGAGGCCGCUGGCGGUGCUGAAGACGCGCGCAAACUAUGUGGUGGCCAUGGAUAUAUGUCUAUAUCCGGCCUCCCGGAUAUUGUCGGUGCUCUCACAGGCGGUGCGACAUUUGAGGGCGAGAACUAUGUUCUCUGGCAGCAGGUUGGACGGCACCUACUGAAGCAACUCGACCGUCUACAAGAUGGCGAGCCAACCGAGCCGCAGGUGCAGUACCUGGCUGAUGUUGAAGAUUCCAACAUUGCAUGCAGCGCAUUCGGAACGCAGUUUCUCGAUCCGGAAAUACAGCUUACGAUCUACCGCGACCGCGCACAUCGUCUGGUCGUCAAAGCACAUUCAGCUAUCCGAGCUUCCAGCAAGUCCUUCAUUGACACUAUCUCAAGUCUUCCUGAUACCACGUCGUCCAGCCUUCGCACUGUACUGAACCGAACGCGCUCGCUCUUCGCCCUCUCCACCAUUAUAAAUCCACGAACAGUCGACGCCCUGUCUUUCGUAGAGACAGUCUAUGCGGAUUCUCCAUAUCUCACAACAACGCAACUCGAUCUCAUCCGCUCACUGGUCAACGGCUUGCUCGGUCAGCUACUGCCUGAGGCAAUUGCAUUGACCGACGCAUGGGACUUCUCUGACGCAAGUCUUUGCAGCGCAUUGGGUAUGUACGACGGCAACGUGUACGAGAACAUCAUGCGCUGGGUCGACCAGCUUCCUAUCAAUCAGAAGGCGUGGCAGAAUAGUGGGGUACAGGAGGGGUGGGAGAAGUGGGUUGACCCUAUCCUGAAGAGAGAGAUCGCGAUGUUGUAA